AUGGCACUUUCACAUCGCCAUAUCCUCAUCGCGGUUGUCGUUGUGAUUUAUUCCUUAUGGAUUUUUCACGUACCCAAAGACAUUGAGAAAGUUGUGCCCAAGCUCUACUCUCGGCCCACCACAAUCCACGUGCGUCUCCCUGAUGGUGUUGAGGACACUGAUAAUCUGGAGAAACGGAUGUUAUCACAAGUCGCAGAACAAUGGAUGGAUUUUUGUUGGAUCAAGGGAGCCUACUUGCCUUGGCCGUUUCCUCCCAUUCAAAUUGACAAUGCUGGUUUACGCUACAUUCCUCCUGGACUUUUGGAACGGAUCAUCUCCAAAAACGAAACAGAAAUUCGUUACAAGGUGGACAAUCCUGGCAUGAUGUUCACCUUGCUACACACCCAUCGAGGACGUGUUUCGUUCGACUACCAUGGAUACAAUUGCAGCAUUGUUACGGCACGUGACCACGAAGUAUCCGUCUGCGACGCUACGGUUGUCAUGAAGUGGCAAGUGGAAAUGCGUCCAAGAAUCAUGUCCAACUUUAUUAUGCAACAACUCACGGCGGCCAUUGUAUCAUUCUACUCGAGAAAUUUCCAACUGCAUAUGCAAGAGGAACCAGUUUUCAAACUAUGGAAGCCAAGUACCUGGGACACUCACAAGAUUCAAGAAGACGUGGAAUGGAGGGAUGGGUAUCUUGAGGAAUAG